AUGGCAGCCAUUCAACUCGAUGAUCGUGAUCGGACUAUCGCCAUGGGACGAGGUCUAUAUAGAUCUUCAUCUCCUGGAACAAUAAGACUAGAGACAAGAGUGAAAGAUCUUGAAGAUCAAUUGGAUGAAGAACGUUCUCUACGAAUAAAGACGGAAAGGGAGCUUGCUGAAAUUAAUGCUGAGUUCGAUAUAUUAAAUGCAGAUUUUCAAAAUGCUAGAGAACAAAUAAGUCAACAAGAGGAAACUAUCAAAAGACGGGAACAAGAGUUUGCUCGUGUUCAUAGAGAGCUGGGUACAAUUCGUGAUGCAAAUGAAGAAAGUUUGGAAAAUUUAAGACGUCGUCAUCAAACCACAGUCAAUGAUCUUAAUCUUGAAAUAAAUGUUCUUCAAAAAGCGAAAUCCAAAGCUGAAAAAGAAAGAUCUGAAAUGGCUAGACAAUUGGAAAAUGCUUUUAUUGAAGUUGAAGAUGCUAAUAAGGCGAAAACUGUUGCUCAAUCAAAACAAGAAACACUUGAAUCUCAAACUAUAAGAUUGAGAGCGAACUAUGAAGAGAGUCAAAAACGUAUUACAGAACUUAAUUCACAAAAUGCUCAACUCAUUGCUGAAGCAACUGAACAGGCUAGAACUAUAGAAAAGUUAAAUACGUCUUUGGCAAGUUGUCAGAGAGCACAAUCGAUUGCUGAAUCAGUAGGAGAAGACCAUAAGAGAGCUUUAGAAGAAGAAAUAAAGACUAGAACCUUAGUACAAAAUAAAUUAAAUACAGUACAACAAGAAUUAGAUACAUUAAUUCAUAGAGCAGAUGAUGAAGCUGAAAGUGUAGUGAAACUUCAAACUCAAGUUACUAGACUUACAAGUGAAUUAACACAAACUAAAACAAAAUAUGAAAAAGAAUUCAAUGAGAAAACUGAAGAAUUUGAUGAACUCAAACGUCGUUUGAACAAUCGUAUCAAUGAAUUAACAGAAUCCUAUGAACUUGAACGUGGUCGAGUUAUUAGUCUUGAACGUACCAAGAAUCAAUUAGCUAAUCAAUGUCAAGAAAUACAAUCUCAAUUAGAUAACUUAUUUGCUAAAUGCACUGAACAUGUUCAAACUAUCAAAAGCCUGGAAAGUCAAAAGACAGAAGUGGAAUCGGUUUUAGAAGAAACUCAAACUGAAGAAAGUAAUUUACGAACAAAAUGCGGUUUAUUACAAAGGGAUCUUAUUCAAAUCAGAGCUGUUAAGUCUGAACUAGAGGAACGUUUGACGGUGUUGGAGAAAGAGAACAAACAAAAUACUGAAAAACUAAAAGAAACUAAAGAACGUUUGUCAGUUGUUAAUCGACAAGUUACGGAUUUGGAGAGUUCUCGAGCAAGACUAGAAACGGAAAGAGAUAAUCUAGACUCUACAUUAAAAGAUACAGAAGAUGCUUUACAUGAAUGUGAAACUCGUUACCAAACAACAUAUUCAGCUUUAAGUACAUUAAGAAAUGAAUUUGAACGUCAAUCAAGAGAUAAAGAAGAAGAAAUGGAAAGUUUAAGACGUUCAAGUCAACGUAAUGUGGAAAAUCUUAAAGCAACUGUAGCAGAUAUGGAAAUGAAAAAUCAAAAUGAAUUAGACCGACUUAAAAAGAAACUAGAAGGAAAUAUAAAUAAUUUACAAGUUCAAUUAGAAGAUGAAAAAGCUGCUCAUUCAGAAACUAUUAAAUUACAUCAAGAAGCAGAAGCACAUAUUUGUCAAUUAGAAAUAGAUAUAACAGAACUAAAUAAUUUGGUUUCUGAAACUGCAACCACUUUACAGAUAUGCGAAAGUCGUCGAUCUGCUUUAUCAAAUGAAGUAGAAAGCUUAAGGAGUCAAUUAGAAAUCACAGAAAGAUUAAAACGAAAACUGGAAGAAGAGUCAUCGGAAAAUAUGUCAAAAUUUGGUGGUUUGACAAUACAAAUAAAUAAUUUGACAGCAGAAAAACGAAAACUUGAGGGUCAGAUAGCUGUGCUUGAAGGUGAUUUGGACGACGCUACAGGUGCAAAAGAUGUUGCUACAGAGAGGGCAGACAGACUUCAAAAUGAAGUUAACCGUCUGGCUCAAGAACUUCAAACUGAGCAGGAGUCGUCACGUCGAGCAGAUACUGCAAGAAGACAAUUGGAAGCUGAACUAAAAGACUGCAAUGCUAAGAUUUUAGAAAGCCGAAGAGCAGCUGAUGCAGCAGAACGUGAAGCUGAUGAUGCCAAAAGUCAAGCCGAGAUUAAAAUACGAGAGUUGCAGCUAGCUUUAGAAGAGGAAUCUAGAAAGUCAAGAGAGGCCCAAACUCAACUAAGAAAAUGUGAGAGAGCACUCAAAGAAUCAGUACAAGCUGAACAAGAUGCUGGGCAUAUGGUAAACGAACUACGUGAGAUGGUUGAACGAGCUCAAACAAAACUGAAACAAACCAGGAAACAGUUAGAAGAAGCAGAAAAUGCUGCUCAAACUGCUUCAAUGAAAUAUCGUAAAGCUCAACAACAAGUGGAUGAUGCAGAUUUACGUGCUCAAAUGGCUGAAAGGCGUAUAGGUUUAACUGCUCAAGAAGAUAAUGUAACAACUUAUGGAAAUUACAAUAGACAACGAUCUGGUAGUCUUUAUCCAACUAGAACAAGAAAUUAUUCAGUAACACGUGAAGGAUCCGUAUUUAGUGUUAUGAGUGAAUUACCAGCCUCUCCACAUAAAACUCGUUUUCAAACAGCUAUUCCAAAAUGGAGUAAUCGACAUGAAUUAGGAAAUUAUCAAAAAGAAAAUGGUAGUUCAUUAAGUCUUCUUGAUCUACCACCGGCUGAUACAAGUUGUAGUUGA